AUGGCUCCAACACCGACUCAAUCCUCUCAAUUGGUGAACCCUCUAGCAACUACAGCUCAACUGUCUUCCUCGGGGUCCCAACUCGAUGGCGUUCCUGCCGACCUCGAAGACUCGAUCCGCUUCGCUGGCGCAAGCCUCACUCAGGUAGCGGGUAUGCUCCUCCGCCUGCCUCAAGAAAUCAUAGCACGGGCAAUUAUCCUCUUCACCCGCUUUUGGGUAGGCCCGGAGGGUGGCAGUCUCAUAGAAUAUGGGACAGAGAUCGUCUCCGCAAGCAGUCUCUACCUCAUAGCCAAGCUCUCCCCAUACCCUAAGUCCCCGCGCCAGAUCCUGACAACAUACGCCUACCUCUCCUCGCUCCCCAUGACCCUCCUCACCUCCUCACUUUUCUCAUCCAAAGUGCCCGAGAGCCCCGACGCAUACUACCUCUCCGAAGGGACCUAUCUAUCCCAACGCGUCACGCUUAUGAAGACCGAGUCUCACAUCCUCAGAGUGCUAGGCUUCGACACCCAUGUCGCGCUGCCAUACACCCUGUGCGUCAACUACCUCCAGACGCUGGACGUCUUCCAGCACCCACAGGCGUCUGCGCUUGCCAAACGGGCGUUUGCGCAUCUCAACACAUCAUUGUUGAGCCCGCAGCUACUGUACCUCACGCAUCAGCCGCCGGCGCUUGCGACUGCAGCCAUAUAUCUCGCCGCGAGGGAGGUGGGCGUGAAGCUGCCGGAUAAUGAGUGGUGGGAGGUGUUUGAUACGGAUCGGGAAGAGUUGGGCUUCUUGGUAGUGGGGCUGUUGAGUACGGAGGCCUUUGUGAAAGGAGAAGAGGAGAGGUGGGGCGAAGGGAAGGGGAGGGGAAAGGCCCCGAUGACUGUCGAGGCGGUGGAAGCGGAAGUUGAGAGAAGGAGAAUUUUAGAAGGGGGUGGAUGA